AAGCAGACCUUUAUACGGGUCGUCUCUCCCUCCCUCAAAAGACUCGUCAUUGGUCUGCGUACCGGAGACUAACUUGCUUUCCUGGUAAAAGCAAUCUAUAGCAUGAACGCCCAACUGUUUAACACUCUUACCUUUUCCUCUCGUCCAUCUCCAGUCUUAUCUACAUAUCUGCAGAUCCAGUUGGUAUCACGAUUGAAGAUUGCAACCCAGGUCUUUCAAGGUUAGUAGUACUACAGCGGUCGGCGUUCGUCUUUAUCUACCUUGUACUCGCAUGCUUUCAGCCUCGACACUCUUAUCACCAUCUGAUCUAACAACACAGCCGCGAAUUGUCCCGAAUGCUGUCAUGAAUUUAUUCGCCCAUGACCAAGUUCACUCACCUCUACGAAUCCUACCUUCUCCUCCACGCGGUCGUCUUCCGACAGAGGUCUUGCUGCAUAUCAUCAACUUCGCAGACAUAACUCGUCAGGAUCUCCGAAACCUGGCAUUGACGUCUCACGUUUUCCGGUCCAUUGCCCAACGGUACCUUUUUACGACCUUCUAUGUUCAUAAGAAGAUGUAUGGUUUAGAAUGGCAAUCGGAACAGUAUGCCUUGUUGCUGGAACAACGGAUCACCUUCAUAAUUUCGGAUCACAUCGUCAGCUCUGUAAGAAAGGUGGUCCUUCGGCAGAAUCUGGUGGGUGACCGACCGGAGAGCCAAAUGCGAACCGUCGACGGAACCAAAAUCUCUAGUUUGAUCUUUGGUGCCUUUUCUAGCCUACGAAACAUAAGAGUGUUGGACCUCGAAUGGCUCAUAUUUACCCCACAACACCUCGCUCAGUUGAGCUAUCUAUCUCGUCUUACUGAGCUCCAUUUGCGUCACUGCCGCUUUAACGGAACAGUUAGUAAUCCGCCUCGGUUUGUCCUAGAGAAGCUCUCUGUUGGACGUUGCGGUUCCACGCCGUGGUGGGCUGCAUUGGUCCGAUUGGACAAAUGCCAGGAGCUUCGGUUGUCGACUCAGGAUGAUUGUAAAGCUGGGUUCUCGGCCUUAGAGGCGGAGAAGAAAGCAUUUGCACUACACACAUUGCAUCUUCAUUGUUCCGCCGCCUUUGCAAUCAAACGUGAAACAUUCUUUAAUGUGCUCGCGAAGACGGCCCUUGUAACGUCACUCAUCCUAUCCUACGACGCGCCUGGGGAAUAUCUACUAGGAGGCGGGCCUCUUCAUAUCUUACCGGCUCAUAUUCUGCCCCACCUCACAUCUAUUUCUGCACCCUUCGACUUCACACGAAUUCUCUCCGGUCCAUAUAAUCGAUCAUUGCAACACUUCACUACUUACUGGAGGUUCAAUGAUUUGCAUUCGCCACGUACCCUUUCAGUGAUUCAUGAGAAAUUUCCUCACCUGCAUUCUAUAAUCUUCCAUGGACCUGAGGGGAUGUUCUAUACCCCUCAGGCCUUCAAUCACAAUUUCUCGCUUUUCGGUUAUCUGAAGGUACUCUAUCUGUUGCCUCGACUCGUGAGCAAAGAUGAUGUACUAUGGAUCUGCGAACGUAUCCGGUACUUGCCUCUACCUCUAACUCUUGUUGACCUUCACAUCGGUUGCGAGACAAUAUCUGCAGACGUCUUGAUCCUCUCCAAGAAUCUCACGUCACAUGUAUUGCCGUGUAUAGACCAAUUGAGGAAUCGAUUGCCUUUCUUGAAGCAUCUUCUGGUGCUGGCACCGAGUGAGUUUGUCGAGUGGCAGAACGAGCAAUGCUGCAUGCCAUGUUAUGUGAGGCCAUCCCCAGAAUGGUUUGAGGUCGUCAACCUAGAGUGAAGUUUCGAUCCGAUGUCUACUUGAUCUGGUCUCAUUGCCGUCGAGUAUGAUACUUAGAUAUUCAUUUUUGAACUUUCGUCAACUUCCUCCAUUCUCACGUCAAUCCUUGCUUUUGGAUUUGCUUUCGUAAAGGUUGUUACAUAGGUUUCAAUAGGUUUUAUCGUCUUUCAGUGGAAAUGGCUAUCGAGGGGUUUUAUCGCUAUGCAUUCUGUAUCGGCUGUUUCCUCUCUUUCCCUGCUCAAUAUACUUAUGAGAGUUAUGGCGCACAUCGACAUGAACUACGGUUGGUGGCGGUCGGCUU